AUGUCUUCGGACAAGAAGCAGUUCGAGUCAGGCUUCCAGCCCGACGUGCAGCACCAGAAAGUCCCUGGUCUGCAGUCUGACAUGACCCCAGCACCAUCGACUGAAUACGUCCCAACACCAGAAGGCGGCUACAAGCUCUACCAAGCCGCCGGCAAGCUCAAGGACAAGAAGGCCUUGAUCACUGGUGGAGACUCAGGCAUUGGUCGUGCCACGGCCGUCCUCUUCGCCAUGGAGGGUGCAGACAGCUUCAUCGCCUACCUGCCUGAAGAGGAGAAGGACGCACAAGAGACGAAGAAGCUCGUGGAGAAGUAUGGCCGCAAGUGCUACCUGCACGCGACCGAUCUCAAGGACAAGAAGAACUGCAAGAAGGUCCAGGAGGAGGCUCUUGAGAAGAUGGGUGCCAUCAACAUUCUGUUCAACAACCACGCAUACCAGAUGAUGACCAACAACAUUCACGAUUUGACUGAGGAGCAGUGGGAGCACACCUUCAACACCAACAUCCACCCAUUCUUCUACCUCUCCAAAUACGUCCUCCCGCACAUGAACCAAGGCGACACAAUCAUCAACAACGCCUCCAUCAACGCCUACAUCGGCCGUCCCGACCUGCUCGACUACACCUCCACCAAAGGCGCCAUCGUAGCCUUCACCCGCGGCCUCUCGAACCAAUUCGUCCACAAGGGCAUUCGCGUCAACGCCGUGGCUCCAGGUCCCGUCUGGACACCCUUGAUCCCAGCGACCAUGAACGAUGAGGCCAUCAAGCAGUUCACCAGCCCAAUGGGACGUCCCGGUCAGCCGUCGGAGAUUGCUACGUGUGUGGUGUUCUUGGCUAGCACGGAUAGCUCGCAGUUGAGUGGACAGACAAUACACGCCAAUGGUGGUGCUAUUGUUAAUGGUUAG